AUGUGCAUACAGAGUGACAUGUACCUGCCGACCGCCCUUGCCAAUUCCAUUUGUAUCGAAUCGAUCGUGUACCGCACCACCACCAGCGGCGUUCCCGAAGAGGUUUCGGUGUCCAAGAAGGGAGACGAGCUCGGGAUACUAGGACCAAGCGGGUUGCUGGCCACACCGCACGUCAAAAUGGUUCUGUUGCUCACGUGCAUAAUUUCGACCGUUUCGAUCGGUUUCGACGAGGUGUACCCGCUGUUCGCGUUGAGCACCCCGGACGUCGGAGGGCUUGGCUGGAGCACCGUAGAGAUUGGAAAGGUGUUGGUCAUGACGGGCGUCCUUAUGGCAUGUUGCCAGCUGUUUUUGUUCCCCCCUCUCAUCAAAAUAGUCGGCAUCACGACCUGGCAACGGCUAGGCUGCCGAAUCGGAAUCGCCACGUUCCUUGCUAUCCCUGCGGUAAAUGUCUUCAGCUGGAACUUCAACUCUCUUGUCGGCGUUUCCAGAGCGGCCGACACGCUCGCAAAUUGCGGCUGCGGGGCGGUCGACCUGGCUUUGUCCAUAGGGUCAACCACUCUGGUUCCGUCGAACAUGCGGGGGAAGCUCGGCGGGCUUUUCAACACGGCCGAAAGCCUUGGUCGCUUCAUAGGCCCGGCCGGCUAUGCGAUUGUAUACGCAUGGUCUGUGUCUCCCUCCACGCUUGACGCUUUCGGUGGCUGGGUGGACUACCGCUUCGUGUUCAACGUGUCCGCUGCGGCUCUGGCUUUGGUGGCAGCACUCGCCUGGAGAACACUCGCUACGGAGAACUUGAUGAAGCCAGAUGGCUGUCGUGGCACGGAUUCGAAUGCGAACGUUGUUGGUGCUAGUGUGUGAGUGGCGUACCUCAUCCCAUUCUCAUUGUCGCACUCAGCGACCUAGAGCAGCGAGGGCGCAGGCAAAGGGACGGGUAGGACAUGACAGAGAUUCACGGAACUGGGUUCGUCUUGAUCACGUCGACCUAGAACGUUCAUCCCGUCGACCGGUUUUCGAUCCAUCGAAUAGCAAAGAGUGGCGCACUUUCGGGGCUUGAACGAGCCAAAUCACGCUCCGUUUCGAAGGCCAUAGUGCUUGCUCGACUGGCCAACCUAAGACGUCGAUCAACGUGGCAUGGACAGGAAGAUAACAGGUGAACGUUGAUGUUUUACUUUAGGUGGAGCCUUGUAAGGCACAUUUCGGGCGGGUGGAUGGGGCGCUCGCUCUAUGGCGGAACCGUUGUAUUCACUUUCCGCUUGGAUAGAUCUCAGGUGCCGUG